AUGGUCGCGCCCGUAACUUCUGCUGCGGGCAUCGUCGCCCUCCUCGACGAACAGGAACCAGAGCUCCAGUCCUACGCGCUCAAGCGUCUCGACUCGCUCGUUCACCAAUUCUGGGCCGAAAUCGCAGAUGCCAUCUCCAAGAUCGAGAUCCUCUACGAAGAUGAGCGCUUCCCAGAUCGUCACCUUGCCGCCCUUGUCGCAUCCAAGAUCUACUUCCACCUCGGAGAGCACGAUGAGGCGCUCAUGUUUGCGCUUGGCGCCGGUCCUCUUUUCGAUGUAGAGGUCAAGGACGAGUACGUAGACACCGUCGUUUCCAAGGCCAUCGACCGAUAUAUUACCAAAUCGGCUCCCGCCACAGCAGCUACCUUGACACCAGCCGCAGACGACUCUACUGUGGCUGUGCAUGGCAAAGCCGUUGCUGGCAAGCCCGCUCCCGUCGAUCCGAGGCUGAAGAACAUUGUGGACCAGAUGUUUGCACGCUGCAUCGCGGACAAAGAGUUCAAGCAAGCACUCGGCAUCGCACUCGAGACCCAACGUUUGGAUAUCAUCGAACAGGUCUAUUCGGUCACCCACGAUGCCGACCUUCUGACCUAUGUUCUCGAGAGCAGCGUCGGUGUUGUCCCCUCCAUCGAGGUGCGCAACCAGAUCCUCCAUCUGCUCGUCGAUCUUUUCCAGAGACUGCCCAGCCCAGAUCACUUUAGCAUCGGCCAGUGCUAUGUCUACCUCAACGCGCCCAACCUCGCUUCCGAACUCCUCUUUAAGCUCAUCCAGCAGGCGCAUCAACCCUCGAGCUCGUCACAGGCAAACACUCCCAAUGACCCUCUCCUUGUCACAUACCAGCUUGCUUUCGACUUGGCAGAAAGCGCCACACAAGAAUUCCUCGAAAACGUACGCAGGGAUCUUUCUUCCAAGUCCUCCACCCAGGCUUCGGCCGUCAAGACCGAGUCUGCCGACACUGAUGCCGACAUGAACGGCUCGUCAGAGUCCGAAGCAACCACCGUAGAGUCUUGCCUCGAGCGCGUACGCUCCAUCCUGCAGGGAGAAGAGAGCAUCCAGCUCUACCUCGAGUUCCUCAAAACCUCCAACAAGGCCGACUUGCCCAUCCUCAAAGCAACAAAGGAGGCCCUUGACGCUCGCAGCUCCAUCUACCACUCGGCGCUCAGCUUUGCCAACGCCUUCAUGAAUGCUGGUACCACCUCGGAUAAGUUCCUCCGCGAGAAUCUCGAGUGGCUCGCAAAGGCCUCCAACUGGUCCAAAUUCACCGCCACCGCUGCUCUCGGUAUCCUCAACAAGGGCAACCUCAAGGAAGGCAUCAGCAUCCUCCGCCCAUACCUCCCCCAGGAAGGCGUCACCAGCAGUGUCUACUCCGAAGGUGGCUCCCUCUUCGCCCUUGGACUCAUCCAUUCGAAUCACGGCGCUGAGGUCAUGGAUCUGCUCACCAACACGCUCAAGAGCAAUCCUGCCGAGAUCGUCCAGCACGGCGCUGCUCUCGGUCUCGGUGCUGCUGGCAUGGCUACUGGCAAUGAGGAGGUGUAUGAGGAGCUUCGCAACAUCCUUUACACCGACUCGGCUGUGGCCGGAGAGGCGAGCGGUUACGCCAUGGGUCUCAUCAUGCUUGGUACUGGCUCGGAGCGAGCUGUCGAGGAGAUGCUCCAGUACGCACACGAAACGCAGCACGAAAAGAUCAUCCGCGGUCUCGCCAUCGGUAUCGCUCUGCUCUUCUACGGCAAGGAGGAGAAGGCCGAGGCUAUGAUUGACACUUUGCUCGCUGACAAGGAUGCCAUCCUCCGCUACGGAGGUGUCUACACCAUCGCGCUCGCCUACGCUGGCACUGCCAACAACAAGGCGAUACGACGUCUGCUCCACAUUGCUGUUUCCGACGUGAGCGAUGACGUGCGACGCGCUGCUGUUACCUCGCUCGGCUUCCUGCUCUUCCGCAACCCGACCCAGGUACCCCGCAUCGUUCAACUGCUCUCGGAGUCGUACAACCCUCACGUCCGAUACGGAAGCACGUUGGCCCUCGGUAUCGCCUGCGCCGGCACCGGUCUCGACGAGGCUGUCGAUCUGCUCGAGCCCAUGACGAAGGAUCCUGUCGACUUUGUGCGUCAAGGUGCCUGCAUCGCGCUCGCCAUGAUCUUCAUCCAGCAGAACGAGGCGCUCAACCCCCGCGUCACCAACGCACGCAAGACCUUCGACAAGAUCGUCUCGGACAAGCACGAAGAUGCCAUGGCCAAGUUCGGCGCUGCGCUCGCGCAAGGCCUCAUCGACGCCGGUGGACGCAAUGUGACCAUUUCGCUGCAGAGCCGAGGCGGCAACGCCAACAUGCCCGCCAUUGUCGGUAUGGCGCUCUUCACUCAGUUCUGGUACUGGUUCCCGCUUGCGCACUUUUCGGCACUCGCGUUCACGCCUACCGCGCUGAUCGGUCUCAACCGCGAGCUGCGCAUCCCGGAGUUCGAGUUUGUGUCCGAGGCCAAGCCUAGCCUGUUUGCCUACCCUACGUCAUUCAAGCCUCCAUCCGAAAAGAAGGUGGAGCGUGUCGAGACGGCGGUACUUUCGACCACCGUCAAGGCGCAAGCACGUCAGCGCAACAAGGAGCGCGAGAGAGCUCAGGCCGAAGGUGGCGACUCCAUGGACCUCGAUGACACGGCCGGUGGCAAAAAGGAGGAGAGCGACGUCGCGAUGGACGAAGACGCCAAAGCUACCAAGAGCAGCAAACCGAAGAAGGAGCGUAAGCAGGAACCGCGAUCCGAGCUUUUGCCCAACUACUCGCGCGUCACACCGGCCCAGGUCAAGUUUGUCACUUUCCCCGCCGAGUCUCGUUUCGUCCCGAUCAGACCUGUCCAAGGCUUGGGCAGCAAAGUGAGGCAGGACGUGUACAACACCUCGUCCGUGGCGGAUAAGUUGUUGGGCAAUCCUUCGCCUGCACCCGGUGCUAGUGGGACUGUCACACCAGCUAGCAAUGCGGUAGCCACCGUCGUUGCUGGCGCCAAGUCGUUGUAUCACCAAGCGAUCGCCAACGCAUCUGCCGUUACCGGCGGUGAGACUGACAAAGCUGCCAGCACCACCGCCACCACUGGCGCUGGCAACGCAGGUCCGACGGCAGAGCAAGCACGAAGCAUCCUCACAUCCGCCAUCGGUGGAACGGGAGGCAUUCUGCUCAUGAUCGACCGGAAACCAACCGACGAAUUCCGAGCGCUCAAGAUCGGCGAUUCGUCCGACGACGACGGUACCACCAACACCCAACGUCCCGCCACCGACGCUCAGCCACGAGAAGACGAUAUCAGCCCGGAGGACGCUGCCGCCAUCGCAGCAGCCAUGGCUGCCGACGACGACGACCGCGGCGACGACAAGGACAUCAACAGCGUAGCGGGUAAUCAGAACAGGAGGGACGAUAGCGCGGGUGGAAACGCAGGUGCCGGUCCUGGGUUGCCUGAAGCACGUUGA